AUGACCCCGCUGCAGGUGCCCGUCCACCGGAGCAGGGUAGUUGGACUGCAAGCGCUUCUCCUCGCCGACACCGCUGCUUCCUUGCUGCAAAUAUUCGGCCACCACCACGAUCAACAUCAUACCAAUCAUGUCAUCACGAAAUCCCUAACAUCACUCCUUCCCCCUGCCCUUCCAUCAUCUUCUUCGAAUUCUACUAGUCCUCAUGAAGAUCACUUGCUGCAGUCGUGCCGUUUCUGCAGCACCAAGUUGAGCCCUAAAGAAGACGUGUACAUGUACAGGGGUGACCAAGGUUUUUGCAGCAGGAAGUGCAGGGACAAGCAGGUGAAGCUGGACCAGAUCAAGGAGGCCGAGGAAUCUAAUCUCAUCUUCCACCUCAACAACUCUUACAAUUCCAGCCGCCGACGGAGGCAGCUCAAGGCAGCGCCCCUGCUCCAGAUCUGCAGCAGCGACGGUAAUAUUAGUGCUAAAACUAAUACUAUGAUGAACAGCAGCGACACAGCCAGCAACCACCGUCAAGGUGGUGGCAGAAGCAUUCCACGGCGUCGGCCUGUACCAGUACAGUACUACUAUAACCGUCCCCUCCCUCUUCCUCCCCACCAACGCCUUGGAUACAUGAACCGCCGACGCCAGCUAGCUCGCUAA